UGAAGCUUGAUUUGAAGAAAUAUCGCGAAUCAUAUGAAAGCUGACCUGUCUGACAGAAAACCCACAUUUAGAUAUUUUCAGAAAAUUUUUCAGGCGCAGUGAAAACUCAACACAAAGUUUGACAGAACAUUCAUUCUUUCUUUGCUUGGAUGCAAAAUGGCUCCUUUUGAAGUUCCAGGUUUGCUUCUAAUGGUCCAGAUUAUUGUCUCAUCAGAAUGCAGCGAUAUCCAAACUGUGGCUACACAUGAAGCUGUUACUCUUUUUAGAUUGAAUUCAGAUGAAAUUGAUGCAAGAAGCAGAUUCAAGGUGAUAAAGUACACCUCAGACAAAAAAACCAUGGUCAUCUCUGAGUGGCCCAAACAGGAUCAAACAGCUAAACGAAUGUCAUGGGAGCCUGAUGGAAAUGGACUGGUAUGUCUUCAUCUGAAAAACGUACAAAAAUCUGAUGAAGGGACGUACAGCUGUGAAAUGUGGCGAGGAUGGGAUCGUGUCCGGGUGAGAAACAUGACUCUGAAAGUAAAAGAUUGCAAAACCUUUCCUGCAGUGAAAGCAAAGCCAGACUCAUCCUUCAGGCUGCAGUGCUCUGUGGACAUCACACCAGAGAAGCAAAGACCACAAAAUGUCUCCUGGGCAAAGCUGAAAGGACUUCACCAUGAACCUGUUGACUCUCAGAGGGUUGGAACAGACAACACAUUGAUAAUCCAGACUGUGAGUUACAGUGACAGUGGCUGGUAUCGGUGUAAUUAUGUUCUUGGAAAAACUAAGCGCUGCGUUGACGUCCGUCUAAAUGUCCAAGGUAAUCCGUACCAUUAUAAAAUGUUACAUUUGGUUUUGUCACGGACAGCAAACAUUAACAUCUCUCAAUUUCCUGAAGAGGCAGACGACACCUCUGAAGCCACAACAGCCACGACCAUCCCAAACACCCCAACACACACUCUGCAAGGAUCACACUUUGCAAAUUUGAUCACACUGUUAGUUCCUGUCACUUUUGGGUUGGUCACUGCCACCAUACUUGGACUGUUCUUUUACUGCAGACAACGAAGGAGGACAGUCCCAAAACAGCAUCAGAUUGCAGGCAUAAGCAUAGAGUUUUUGGAGAAUUACUUAAAUUUGAUUCCAUCACAUUCACAGGUGCUGACUACUACACCAGUGUGAAACAAUAACUCAAGCUUCCUGUUACUCAGGGCCGGAUUUACCUGUUUCAAGUCAAUCGUAAGUACCCAUCUUUACCAUGAUACCUUCCUCAUGACUUGCUUGACAGAUUUUUUAACUAUAUCUCAGAUCCUGCAUACGACUGCAGGAAAACUGUGAUGGUGAACGGAUGCAAACCUGUGAGUGCUAAUCUUAAGUCACACCCACAGGCCUUUUAAACCAUAUAUAUGACUAAAUCUAUGUUCUCUCCUUUAUCACAGUCAACUAAACAUUCCAUGUCAACUCGGUAAAGGAACAUUUUUCCCUUCAAUUUCAACAACUUGGCAUUUUAUGCGGAUCAUCGAUGCACUGAGUCCAAUUGUAUAAUACGUCUCUUUUGAGUCUUGUAUUAUUGCAUGUAAUCAUAUGAAAUGGAAGAGUUAAAUAUUUACCAUGUAAAUUAAGAAUAAAAUGAUGUUGAUCUUAAUUACGGACGUUGUAAAUGUCAGUCAACGUCUUUCUGCCUGUUACAAGAGGGCUCGCUGUUUCAAAGCGAGGUUUACAAAACCAUAGUUAUUUCCAUUUAGCUGAAAGGCUUCUUCUGUUCUUCGUCUUGGCUGUUGUUAUCCCUCAUCACUGUCUCAGAUCAUACACAUCGUCAUGAUAAGAAGAAUAGAAGUGUUAGUACAUUGAGACUUGGUACAAGUCCAAGUUCAAGCUUCAUCUUGAAAUUUAGUCUGUCAUGUUUACCAUUAAUUUGUCUAUUCCAGCUUCUUUGUUCACGCUACCUUUGAUUUCUUCACAAGAGAAAUGUUUCAAAUGAUUCAUGUAAAAAUUGAUAUUUCAGCUGCUGAAUCAUGGUCCUGGCUUA